AUGGCCCCAGGUGCUCUCAUUGACGAGCCCGUCCAGCCCUCUCAGGGCCCCUGGAAGGGCAAGAACGACGAUGCUCCCAGAAACAUCUUCCCCGACGGCAUCCGCACUUCAGGACAGCACAACCCCCUCUACGACGCUCUCAAGCCCUACGCCGAGUUCCCCAAGGAAAUCUCAGGCCCCACGGUCUGGCACAAGGAGGAGUUUGAGCAGCAGCCUGAGAAGUGGACGCACCGCUUCAACCCAGAGGAGGUUGAGGAGCUCGGCCGCACCUCUGACGCCUUUAUCGCCAGCAACACCCCUCUGACGGGUAUCUCCAAGUCCAACUUCCCCCUGCCAACACUAGGCAAGCGCCUCACCAACCUCCGCAAAGACCUCAUCGACGGCAAAGGCUUCGUCCUCUUCAAGGGCUUCCCCGCCAACGAAUGGGGCCCGCACAAGACCGCCGUCGGCUACAUGGGCCUCGGCACCUACCUCGGCUACUUUGUCUCCCAAAACGGCCGCGGCCACGUCCUGGGCCACGUCAAGGACGUCGGCGACGACCCGACCCAGAUCGAUAAGGUCCGCAUCUACCGCACCACCGCUCGCCAGUUCUUCCACGCCGACGACGGCGACCUGGUCGGCCUCCUCUGCGUCCAGCGCUCCGCCGAGGGCGGCGAGAGCGACCUCGUCAGCAUUCACGCCGUCUGGAACGAGCUCCAGCGCUCCCACCCGGACGUCGCGGAGACCCUGACCAAGCCGAUCUGGUACUUUGACCGCAAGGGCGAAGUCUCCGAGGGCCAGGAGGAGUGGACGCGCCAGCCGGUGUUCUACAUCGAGAACGGAGGGCAGCGCCGCGUCUACUGCAAAUGGGACCCCUACUACGUGCGCUCGCUGACGCGCUUCUCCGACAAGGGCGUGAUCCCGCCGCUGAGCGAGGAGCAGCUGCACGCGCUCAAGACGCUCGAGGAUACGUGCCAGAAGCUGGCGCUGCACAUGAUUCUCGAGGUGGGCGAUAUCCAGUUCCUGAGCAACGCGCACCUGCUCCACGCGCGGACGGCGUAUACGGACCACCCCCACCCGGCGCCGCGCCGGCACCUGUUGCGGUUGUGGCUUUCGACGCCCGAGAGCGAGGGCGGAUGGGUGCUGCCUUUCCCUGAUAGUAAGGAGUUGAAGAGGGGUGGUAUCCAGGUGAACAAUGUGCCUCCGCGCGCGCCGUUGGAUGCGGAACAGACGGUCAUGGACUGCUUCAUGAGAGAUUCGCGGAAAGCCUGGAUAGAGAUUCUCGGGAGACAGGACUCUGCCAACAUGAAUGAAAAAAAUGAUUGGAGUCGUGACCGCGCAUACACACUCACUAUGACUAGUGAGAUUGAAUAUGCCGCAUCGACCGCGGUGCGUCCGGCGAAGUUUGGCGAAGUUUUCCGCGGAAUAAUGACCCCGCCGCGGGGCAAUCGUCUUCAUCGCAGGGGAGAGAGCUUCCCGCGAUGUGAGAAACUCAUCGUGAGAGUGAGCCCGGCUUCAACUGAGCAAGUCAUCGAAGCUUACACUCAUUCAUUUACCUCAAACAAGAAUGAUUUGAUAACAUUCGUCUCAAUCGACCCAAAUAGCAGGUGGUGCACCGUCCCCCUUAUCCACCCGCCCGCGUUGCGCCCACCCGAGUCAAGCCCACCUCUUGGCCUCAUCCCAUCCGACGUCGCUCCUCGACACACUACACAUACAACGACUCUGUUAUUAAAGACGAGCCCUGUCCUCGCGUUCCUUCCCAAUGUCUCUCUUGUAUCGUAUUCCUCGCUCAAACCCAAGAUGGCGGCAGUCCUCCCCGAGCCCUUUGCGAGCAUCCCUCGCGAGAACUUCCUCUUUGGCCCCUCGCCCAUCGAGCCCCUCCCCCGCAUCUCCGCCGCCCUCGGCGGAAAGGUCAACGUCUACGCCAAGCGCGAGGACUGCAACUCUGGUCUGGCCUACGGCGGUAACAAGACCCGCAAGCUUGAAUACCUCGCCUCAGACGCCCUCGCCCAAGGCUGCGACACCCUCGUCUCCAUCGGCGGCGUACAAUCAAACCACACCCGCCAAGUCACCGCCGUCGCCGCAAAGCUCGGCCUCAAGGCCGCCCUCGUCCAGGAGAAGUGGGUAGACUGGACCGACCCCGUCUACGACAAGGUCGGCAACCUCCAGCUCUCGCGCCUCAUGGGCGCCGACGUCCGCCUCGACCCCUCCACCUUUGGCAUCGAGCACAAGAACACCCUCGCCAACCUGAAAGAAGAACUCCUCGCCGCUGGACGCAAGCCGUACUACAUCCCCGCCGGCGCAUCAGACCACCCCCUCGGCGGCCUGGGCUUCGCGCGCUGGGCUUUCGAGGUGCAGGCGCAGGAGAAGGAGUUGGGCGUGUUCUUCGAUACGGUUAUCGUGUGUGCGGUGACGGGCUCGACCAUGGCUGGUAUGGUUGCGGGAUUCAAGCUUGCGGAGAAGUUGGGCGGCAAGAAGCGCAAGGUUAUCGGUAUUGAUGCCUCUGCGACGGUGAAGCAGACGUUUGACCAGGUGCUGCGUAUCGCCAAGAACACGGGGGCCAAGAUUGGUCUCGAGGAGGGCGAUAUCACCGAGGCGGAUAUCAUUCUGGAUGACCGGUUCCACGGCGGUGUCUACGGUAUUCCCGACCAGGUCACCAUUGACGCCAUCAAGUUUGGCGCCAGCACGGAGGGUUUCAUCACGGACCCUGUGUAUGAGGGCAAGAGUUUGGCGGGUAUGAUGCAGCUCAUCAAGAAUGAAGAGAUUGCUGCGGGUAGCAAUGUCUUGUACGCGCACUUGGGUGGCCAGUUGGCGCUCAACGCGUACUCUGGCAUAAAAUCACAAUACCCUUUCAUGUUCAACCUUGGCAUCCAUCGUGACUUUUGUUUUUGGUGUUUGAUCGGAGAUGGCAGCAAGGUUCUGAGAGACCAAGGUUCGUACAAAAAACAACGUCCAUUCAUCAUCGACUCUAGCUUUUCGAAUAUUCAUUGCAGAAUAAACAAAACUUCCGCAACAGCAAAGACCACCUGCCACCGAAUACUUGUUCAUCCUCAUCCGCCGCUAAUGUCCGUCGUCUGGGAUAUCGCCUUCCUCUGCAGCCUCGUCAUCACCAUCGAGAUACUGCUCAACUCGCUCAUAACGAUCAAAACACUCUCUACAAAGAAGCAUCGAGAGCCUUCGCCCCUGUUCCUCAAGCUACUCGGGAUCUACAUCAUGGCAUCUAACCUCUGGAUGGCCAUCAAGGCUUUCCUCUCAGGCAGGGGCAUAUGGAAGCCGCAACCCGCGGUAGAGAGACACCCCAAUUACGAGAAACUUAUGGAUCUCGCUCAGCGACACGAGUAUCUGCAGUGUCAUAGACAGCGGAAGAUUGCCAAGGAAAAUCACCACGGCGAUUACUUCCAGCAUCGGGUGUUCACCCCUGAGGAUGACAGGAAGAUGUGGAAGACUCUCUUACUACCUACCAUCGAGAGUAAAGAGGAGAAGGAGAAGAGGGAGAGGGAGGAGGAGUCAAAGUAUCUUGUUGACUUGAUUGUUCAGAUGCCUGUCCUGGAUAGACCUUGCACUGGGGAUGAACGAGCCAAGGCUGAUGAGCAAGUCGAGGCUGAUGGACGGCCCGAGGUAAACGAGCAAGUCGAGGAACACGAACAGGACGAGGAAGACGAGCAGGCCAAGCCCGAUGAACUUGACCCACACGACUGGACAGUCGAGGGUGUACUUGCAACCGUCGAUUAUGAGGCAUUGGGCUUGCAAUCUAUACCAAGUCUGCUCAAAGCAAUAAUCAAGUGCAUUGAGAAUUCACAACCAUACCAAAUACAAAGUUUAUCCCAAGUCCCCAUCGCACCUGCCUUUGUCUUACACCAGACAGAGACAGGAAAUUUCUCAACUUCACCUUCCCAAAAUAAUUCACCACCCGACGACUCUUCAGCCUCACCUUUUGGGCCCACCUUCUUUCACAUCCUCCAUCCCUCUCCCAAAAAUUCCAACUUGCCGUCGCAACUUCUCCCGCCGCACCUUACCAUUCACUUUCCCACCCAAUACAAUACCUUUUCCGCAAGCUUUGCUACCUUGAUCGCCAAACACGGCAAAUAG